AUGUCCGACAUUAUGGUCGGUCCACUGACAGGAGCAAUCAUUCACAAAAAAUUUUACAGCAAGAAACUCGAUUUGACAGUGAAUAACCAAAAGAUAACGAUUGAUCUGACCAAAGAGGAGAAACACCACGUCAUGAAUUCGUUUGUGUUCACAAAAAUUCACAAUUUCAACAGAUACAUCAGGGUGUUUAACCAUGUUUACUUCAAGAACUGUCUGCCGUACGAGCUAGACUUGCUGUUGGGUGAUGAUGAUGUGCAGGAGGAGGAGCUAGUUCUGAAGAAUGAUCUGAGUUUCAACACAUCACACAUGUAUCUGCGUAUAAGAAUGGGAAACAAGAUAUCAGCAGAUUCUUUCAUGUUCCAAAAGGGAGUUUACAAGGCGGACGAUGACAACGUGACUCUCUUUCUUGAUGAAAGAAGUAUUUUGAUCGAAAGAAAAGUCAUCAAUCUGCUUUCAUACGUAGAAAACAUAUCGGGCAACCUUGUUUACUACGUGUUUUUCCUUCCAAAUAGCUACAUUGUCAACAAAACACGGAGGAAUCUGAAUAUAUGUCUGGAGGGGAAUUUCUUUACCAGAGAACUUGUUCUGGAGCCGGAGGAAAUAAU